ACCGCAGGGGCGCAGAAGGCCGGGGGCAGCGAGGCCUGGGGUCUCGGGACACAGGCCUGGGCACGCGCAGCCCCCGGGACCCCGUACACGACCCUCGGGGACAUUCGGAAACGUUCGGAAACCUCGCCCUCGUGGCCGUGGGGGGAGCGGCCACGUGACCCGGCCCAGCCAGUCCGAGUGCUGCUGACGUGGCUGCGCGGCCCCGAUGCUUUCCCCCACCCCCAGCGGCUAGGGAAGGGAGGGGCCGGGGGCGACGCCCCCUCCCCCAACGCCUCCUCGGCUUCCGGGGGGGUUGACACCCCGGAUUCCGUGCUCCCCCCCGGCCGGGCCGAGGGCGACUUUGAAGCCCCCCCCCCCGUGGUUCCUGGACCCAGGUUCUCUGCGGCCCAGCAGCCUCCCGCCGGCCCCGCCCGCGCGACCCCUCCCUCCCUGCGCCGACGGCGACGGCGCGACCAGCCUGCCCCGGGCGAUCGGCGGCCGCCCCGAGCCUGCGAGCCCUGGACCCGGCGGGACCUGGAGGUGGGGAGACAGGCGCCCGCACGCCCUUCGGCCUCCCUCGCUCCCGGGAGUCGCCGAGCCACAGCGCAGCCAACUGGCUGGGAGACAUGGCGGGCUGCCCCUUCGCCUUGUCUCGCUGCGGUACUCCACUGCCGGGUGAUGGACGCCUUGGAAAUGGAGUCUGUGACGUCACCCCGGAGCGGACCAAUAGGAGCAGCUCCCGCGGAGAGGCGGCCCGGCCUCCCAGCCUCUGCUUCCUCACGCGCGUGAGCGAGCGAGCACGCGCGGAGGGGGCGGGGGCCGCCGCCAGCCGGGUGGCGCGCAUGAGCGGCGAAGCUCCGCCCCCCCGACUAUAUAUAAAGCGCUGGCGCGGGGCUCGGCGGCGCCAUUUCGCGCUGGAGUGGAGCAGCGUCUAGGACGGGCUGGAGGAUCCUGCCUGCCGACCCAGAGCUUCGCGGGCCGCCGAGCCAAUCCGCGUCCAUCCGCCUGCAAAUGGCCUCCGCCCCCGCCCGCGGCCGGCCCCGGCGGGCAGUGCAGACCCCAUAGAAGCCCCCGCAGCUCCCCUUUCUCGGGCCCCGCCCAGCCCGCGGAGUCUGUCCACUCCGCCCUCGGGAGGAUUUCAAAGAUGGAGGCGGCGGCUCUCUGAAGCCCCUCUCGGUGUUCAUCCGCCUCCAUCGGAGAUCUGACGCAGCGCUCGUUGCCCCCUGCGGCCGCGGCAGGAAGACGGGGCCCCGGUAGACCGGCAGCGGGCGGAAUUGACGGCGGUGCCGCGGAUCGGAGACUGUCGGGGUUUGCAGACUGCUCGCCGGCCGGCAGAGGCCGCCGCCAUUUUCCUGCCGCCGCCGCCUGCGGAGCGCGCCAAGCUGCCGGAGUUGCGCGGAGGGCGGUGCAGGAGACCGCGAUCGCGGCGAGGCUGCCGUCGGGAGGGCCGGGGAGCGCGGCCUCUCCCCCGCUCCCCCGGUUAUGCUGGCCCCGGCGGUGAGCGGCGCCGAGGCCACCCGGACUUGACGCGGCUGAGCGGCGGUUCCCCGAGGUCAAGAUGCUGCAGAACGUGACUCCCCACAAGCUCCCUGGGGAAGGGAAUGCAGGGUUACUGGGGCUGGGCCCAGAGGCAGCAGCACCAGGGAAAAGGAUUCGAAAGCCUUCUCUGCUGUAUGAGGGAUUUGAGAGCCCCACGAUGGCUUCUGUACCAGCUUUACAACUGACCCCUGCCAACCCACCGCCCCCCGAGGUGUCCAAUCCCAAAAAGCCAGGGCGGGUAACAAACCAACUGCAGUACCUGCACAAGGUGGUGAUGAAGGCCCUGUGGAAGCACCAGUUUGCUUGGCCCUUCCGGCAGCCUGUGGACGCUGUGAAGCUGGGUCUGCCGGAUUACCAUAAGAUUAUAAAACAGCCUAUGGACAUGGGUACUAUCAAGAGGAGACUUGAAAACAAUUACUACUGGGCUGCCUCAGAGUGUAUGCAGGACUUCAAUACAAUGUUUACCAACUGUUACAUUUAUAACAAGCCCACCGACGACAUCGUCCUGAUGGCACAGACACUGGAGAAAAUCUUCCUACAGAAAGUGGCAGCUAUGCCACAAGAAGAACAAGAGCUUGUGGUGACCAUCCCUAAGAACAGCCAUAAGAAGGGGGCCAAGUUAGCAGCACUUCAGGGCAAUAUUACCAGUGCCCAUCAGGUGCCUGCGGUUUCUUCUGUGUCGCAUACAGCCCUGUAUACACCACCGCCUGAAAUACCCACCACUGUCCUCAACAUUCCCCACCCAUCAGUCAUCUCUGCUCCCCUUCUGAAGUCCCUGCAUUCUGCUGGACCCCCACUCCUCGCUGUAUCAGCAGCUCCUCCAGCUCAGCCCCUUGCCAAGAAAAAAGGCGUUAAACGGAAAGCAGAUACGACCACCCCUACACCUACAGCCAUCCUGGCUCCUGGCUCCCCAGCUAGUCCUCCUGGGGGUCUUGAGCCAAAGGCAGCGCGGCUUCCUCCUGUGCGUAGAGAGAGUGGCCGCCCAAUCAAACCCCCACGAAAAGACUUGCCUGACUCGCAGCAGCAACACCAGAGCUCUAAGAAAGGAAAGCUGUCAGAACAGCUAAAGCACUGCAAUGGCAUUUUGAAGGAGUUGCUCUCGAAGAAGCAUGCUGCCUAUGCCUGGCCUUUCUAUAAACCAGUGGAUGCUUCUGCUCUUGGCCUUCACGAUUACCAUGACAUCAUUAAGCAUCCCAUGGACCUCAGCACUGUCAAGCGGAAGAUGGAGAAUCGUGAUUAUCGAGAUGCACAGGAGUUCGCUGCUGAUGUUCGACUCAUGUUCUCCAACUGCUAUAAGUACAAUCCUCCUGACCACGAUGUCGUGGCCAUGGCACGAAAGUUACAGGAUGUGUUUGAGUUCCGCUAUGCCAAGAUGCCCGAUGAGCCACUGGAACCAGGGCCUUUACCGGUCUCUACCGUCUUGCCUCCUGGGUUGGCCAAAUCAUCUUCAGAGUCUUCAAGUGAGGAAAGUAGCAGUGAGAGCUCCUCUGAGGAAGAGGAGGAAGAGGAUGAUGAAGAUGAGGAAGAGGAGAGUGAGAGCUCAGACUCUGAGGAAGAAAGGGCUCAUCGCCUGGCAGAGCUGCAGGAGCAGCUUCGAGCAGUACAUGAACAACUGGCUGCCCUAUCCCAAGGCCCAAUAUCUAAGCCCAAGCGGAAGAGAGAGAAAAAGGAGAAAAAGAAGAAACGGAAGGCAGAGAAACAUCGGGGCCGAGUUGGGAUUGAUGAAGACGACAAGGGGUCUCGGGCACCUCGACCGCUUCAGCCCAAGAAAUCUAAGAAAGCCGGGGGUGGCAGUUCUGCUAUGCUAGGCCACUCUGGCUUUGGGACUUCUGGAGGAAGUAGCAACAAGUUGCCUAAAAAGGCCCAAAAGACAGCCCCACCUGUCCUGCCCACUGGUUAUGAUUCGGAGGAGGAGGAAGAAAGCAGGCCCAUGAGUUAUGAUGAAAAGAGGCAGUUAAGCCUGGAUAUCAACAAACUACCUGGGGAGAAGUUGGGUCGAGUUGUACAUAUCAUCCAAGCCAGGGAACCCUCUUUACGUGAUUCAAAUCCAGAAGAAAUCGAGAUUGAUUUCGAAACACUCAAGCCAUCCACACUCAGAGAGCUUGAGCGAUACGUUUUAUCCUGCCUUCGGAAGAAACCCCGGAAGCCCUACACUAUUAAGAAACCUGUGGGAAAGACAAAGGAGGAGCUAGCUUUGGAGAAAAAGCGGGAAUUAGAGAAGCGGUUGCAGGACGUCAGUGGACAGCUCAACUCCACCAAAAAACCUCCCAAAAAAGCGAGUGAGAAAACGGAGUCUUCAUCUGCACAGCAAGUCGCAGUGUCCCGGCUCAGCGCUUCCAGCUCCAGCUCAGACUCCAGCUCCUCUUCUUCGUCGUCCUCUUCUUCAGACACCAGCGAUUCAGACACGGGCUAAGGGGUCAGGCCAGAUGGGGCAGGAAGGCUCCGCAGGACCGGACCCCUGUACCACCCUUCCCCACCACUGUCCCCUUGCUGUGACACUUCUUCAUCUCCCUCCAUAGGAGAGCUGGCUCUGCAGUGGGAGGAUGCAGGGACACGGACAGAACCAGACUGGCUGCUAGCCCUUUGGGGAAUGACCUCUUGGGUGUAGUGUCCCUGUUCAGGAUGAUGGGGGUGGGCAAGGGUAUGGGUGGGAGUGGGCAUAGGCCUGGCACGAGGCCACCUAAGGCCAUAGCUGUCCUGUUCACUUCUAAGGGCCCUGUUUUGAGGUUUUAAUUUAUUUAAGCUAGGUGAGGCUGUGAGGAAGGAGCACCAUGGCCCUCCCUCCAGCCUCCAUGGGGAGGGAAGAAGAGGGAGCUCCUUUUUUUACGUUGACUUUUUUUUUCUACUCUUCCCUUUUCCUUCUACUCCAUUUGGGGCCUGGGGAUUUGAGUCACCUCUCCAUUUGGCUCCCUGGACUAUCUUUUCUUUCUCUUGAUUCUAACUUGUAAAUAAAGAAAAUAUUAUUGAA